AUGACACAGGCUCAGUCAUCGUCUUGGUACUCACCAUGGGCCUGGUACUACGGAAGCGCCCCUGCAGAACAGACUGAAACGCCGUCGGACGCCGCAGAUGAGGUGAAGGCAAAGACGGCGGCCGAGUUGGUCAAGGAGGAGGCGCUUGCGCGAGAGGAGCCUGUGCCAACUGCGACCGUCCUGCCUUCCGCUGCCACGCCCGUAAACCCCAUCGAGGCGACGAUAUCCGCCAACAAGCUGGGUUGGGCGUCUUUCUUCUCGUCGAGGGCCCUCUUGGUCAAGACGAUCACGAACGGGGACAGUGUGGAGCGAGAUGCGAACGGCAUGGAGGUCAUGGACUUGGACGAUGACGAAGGUGUGGACAAGGCCAAACCAGGCGGCGCUUCAAAUACGGCCUCUGCUUCGGCGGAGGUGGAGGCCGCAGGCGGGAAGCAGCUCGCCGCCCGGAGCCAGCAGCAGCACCAGGCCGCACAGGUCCCGCCGCGCGCGCCGUCUCCCACCGUGAAGCCGGAUGGGAAGAAAUCAGCACCCGCUGGUCCAUCUCGGGAUGUCCCAUCAUCGAAGCCGGAGCCCGCCCGCGUGACGAAGCGCAAGUCCCUCUCGCCCACGCCCUCGAAGAGGUCCGGACGCUCCUCGCCGACGGGCUUGCGCCCCUCGCAGCCGAAUCUCGUGUUGCCCAGCUGGGCGGACACGUUCGAGGUGCCGCCGCGCUCGACGCUUCCGCCACCUCCCGCGUCGACGCUGAAGAAGACGAUGAAGUUCAUGAGCGGCGUGCUGUUCGCCAAGGACGAGGGAGGGGAUAAGGGUCGCAAGGCGGGCAAGGCGAAGGGCAAGGAGAAGGCGAGGGAGGAGUUCGUGCACUUUGGGAAGACGUUACCGAGAGCUUGGAGCGUGUUUGGCGAGGGCGUGGAUGGAGAUGUGCUCAAAGGGUGUAAGAACGUCGUUGUUAUCGGAAUUCACGGGUGGUUUCCAGGUGAGGCGACGUGUUUCAACACCUCGGUACCCGUGUUUUGCGCGGUGAUGAGGAGUGUUCUGGGGGAGCCGACGGGGACAAGUGCCAAAUUUGUUUCUAUGAUGUGUCAAGCUCUCGAGGAAUUUCAAGUCAAGCACGGUGUUAAGCUGGACAAGAUCACUCAGAUUCCAUUAGAGGGCGAAGGAACCAUCAACAAGAGAGUCGACAAGCUCUACAACAGCCUCACUAGCAAUCAAGAAUGGGUGCACGAUUUGCACGCCGCCGACGCCAUACUCGUUGCCACGCACUCGCAAGGGUCCAUCGUGUCCACUCACCUCCUUGACCGUCUAAUUCAAGAAAAGCACAUUCGGACCUCGCGGAGUACGGAUUUGCUCGGCAGCGCGUCGGCUGCAAUGGUAUCAGCGGGAGGGAGCGUAGUCAUGCCAUUGCCCCCUCAGCGAGUGUGCUGCCUGGCGCUAUGUGGGAUCCACCUCGGUCCCCUUCGUUACUUGAACACAAGCUCGUUAUUGCAGCCAUACAUCCAGUACUUCGAAUCCACAGCCGCACGUGAGCUGUUCGAAUUCCAGAACACGGAGAAUGAGGUGUCAAAAAGUUACGUGAAGGCUUUGCGCAAUGUUUUGGACCAUGGGACGAAGAUGGUCUACACUGCUUCCUUGAACGAUCAAGUCGUACCACUUUACUCCGGGCUUUUCACCGCAGCUUCGCAUCCUCUGAUUUUGAGGGCGUUGUACAUCGAUGGGGAUGCAUACCAUUCAUCUGAUUUUCUUUCCAAUCUUUUGGUCCUCCUCCUUCGGAUCUUGAACUCUGGGCUUUCUGAUUCCGGCCUUCUGGUCCAUCUAUCCGAGGCUACCGCUGGCUCUUUGAACGGUGUCGGACAUUCGACGGCCUAUGAGGAGCUAGCAACGUUCGCCCUUGCGGUAGACUACCUCUUCCUCACGAAUCAUGGUUUAGAAGAGCAUCCAGAAUUGGUUGUCGAAUCUUUCAACGCAACCACGGAACAAAAUGAUUACGAGAUUCCGUGGUCUCUUCGUGAUUUAAUCGCGGACGAGCGGGUUUCACACUUUUUUUACGAAGAUUUUUCUAAUUUGAGGAACGCUUUCCCGCAUUGGCAUCCGAAGACGACCAUACUUCGGGAUAUCAAGCGAAAGCUCCAACCUAUUCAGCGCCUUAAUACCCUCCACAGCCCCUCAUCAGGCUCUGUCAGCAAGUUGUAACUAUAGAUUCACGUUCUCUGUCGAGCCUUACCUAUCAUCCAUCGAACAAUGCAUCAUGAGUUUACGUCCACACACUUCCAGAUUCUACUAUUUAGCAUCUUGUAUUCUCCUGUACACUUAGAAUCUGAUCAUCGCGUUCC